CGGGACCGGAAGUGGGGGCCGGCGUGCAGCCCAGGGCCUGACAGGAGAGGCGUGCCCGGCCGGCGGCCGUACCUGACAGCGGGAGCGCGGUCCCGGAGCCGCCCGGCCCUGCGAUGGGCCUCCUGUCGGACCCGGUGCGCCGGCGCGCGCUUGCCCGCCUCGUGCUGCGCCUCAACGCGCCGCUCUGCGUGCUGAGCUACGUGGCGGGCAUCGCCUGGUUCCUGGCGCUGGCUUUCCCGCCGCUGACCCAGCGCACUUACAUGUCGGAGAACGCCAUGGGCUCCACCAUGGUGGAGGAGCAGUUUGCGGGCGGAGAGCGUGCCCGAAGCUUUGCCCGGGACUUCGCUGCCCACCGCAGGAAGUCGGGGGCUCUGCCAGUGGCUUGGCUGGAGCGGACGAUGCGGUCAGUGGGGCUGGAGGUCUACACGCAGAGUUUCUCCCGGAAACUGCCCUUUCCAGAUGAGACUCACGAGCGCUAUAUGGUGUCGGGCAUCAACGUGUACGGCAUCCUUCGGGCACCGCGCGCUGCCAGCACUGAGUCCCUGGUGCUCACCGUGCCCUGUGGCCCUGAGUCUCCCAACAGCCAGGCUGUGGGGCUGAUGCUGGCACUUGCUGCCCACUUCCGGGGGCACAUUUACUGGGCCAAAGACAUCAUCUUCCUGGUGACAGAACACGACCUUCUGGGCUCUGAGGCUUGGCUUGAAGCCUACCACGACGUCAAUGUCACUGGUAUGCAGUCAUCCCCUCUGCAGGGCCGGGCUGGGGCCAUCCAGGCAGCCGUGGCCCUGGAGCUGAGCAGUGAUGUGGUCACUAGCCUCGACGUGGCUGUGGAGGGACUCAACGGACAGCUGCCCAACCUGGACCUGCUCAACCUCUUCCAGACCUUCUGCCAGAAAGGGGGGCUCCUGUGCACGCUGCAGGGCAAGCUCCAGGACUGGACAUCAGCGGACGGGCCGCUGCAGGGUGUGCAAACGCUGCUGCUCAUGGCUCUGCAGCAGGCCUCUGGCCACCCCCACGGCGCCCACGGCCUCUUCCUGCGCUACCGCGUGGAGGCUCUAACUCUCCGUGGCGUCAAUAGCUUCCGCCAGUAUAAGUAUGACCUGGUGGCGGUCGGCAAGGCUCUGGAGGGCAUGUUCCGCAAACUCAACCACCUCCUGGAGCGCCUGCACCAGUCCUUCUUCUUCUACCUGCUCCCCGCGCUCUCCCGCUUCGUCUCCAUCGGCCUCUACAUGCCUGCCGCCGGCUUUUUGCUCCUGGUCCUUGGUCUCAAGGCUCUGGAACUGUGGGUGCAGCUGCAUGAGGCUGGAGUGGGUCCUGAGGAGGCUGCGGGGACCCCUGGGUCCAGUCCUCCCCUCCCUGCAACACAGCGCGUGGGGCUGGCCUCGCUCGUGGCACCCUUGCUGAUCUCCCAGGCUGUGGGCCUGGCCCUCUACGUCCUCCCAGUGCUGGGUCAACACGUGGCUGCCCAGCACUUCCCUGUGGCUGAGGCAGAGGCCGUGGUGCUGACGCUGCUGGCCGUCUAUGCAGCUGGCCUGGCCCUUCCACAUAGCACCCACUGGGUGCUGAGCACACAGGCCCCAGACAGGAGCUGGAUGGCGCUGAAGCUGGUGGCCCUGAUCUACCUGGCACUACAGCUGGCCUGCAUCACCCUCACCAACUUCUCUCUGGGCUUUCUGCUGGCUGCCACCAUGGUGCCCGGCGCUGCACUCACCAAGCCCUCCAGGCCCCGGCCACUCCGUGCUGCCCUGCUGGUGCUGACAAGCCCAGCAGCUGCGCUCCUGGGCGGCCUGUUCCUGUGGCAGCGGCUGCAGGAGGCGCCGCUCUCCCUGGCCGAGGGCUGGCGGCUCUUCCUGGCCGUGCUGGCUCAGGGCGUGCUGGCGCACCACACCUAUGGCGCCCUGCUCUUCCCGCUGCUGGCGCUGGGCCUCUUCCCCUGCUGGCUCCUCUUCUGGAAUGUUCUCUUCUGGAAGUGCUGAAGGCAGGUGGGAAUCCCCCACGCGCCCCAUGCUCUUCCCUUCCUGGGAAAUAAACAGUUCUGCUUAGCUGCCCUUCGGGCUCCUGGUCACA